AUGGAGUUCUCGAGUGCUUUGACAAUCGUCGGAAUGCUUCUCGUGAGCCUAUUCGUGCAAACCAAUACCUUCCCUAUCUCCGAACCACAAUUCACCACUGGCCAAUCACUGAAUGAGGCGUUGCCUGAGGCCUUGAACGAAGAGAAUCAGGUGUGUCCCCAUUGUUUGCAGCACCACUACCGUGAACACGAUGGCGACCUCGAUGACGAGAACGCUUAUGCUAAAUAUUCUUACCAGCCUCGCUAUUAUCACGACGACGAUAGUAUUGAUGAUGACCAUCAGAACCCCCACCACAGUUUGCCCUAUGAUUGGCCAGCCAGAUAUCAGUCCAACGCACACCAAAUAUUCUACCAAUGCCCUCUUCAUCAUCAGCAACAGCAACAGUAUAAAGGCGACCACAAGGUUUCAUUUGAAGAACUGGGUCACGACGUCACCAAGAUUGCCCAAUUCCUGACGGCAGAAGGUCCACAGGGAUUGGAGACGCUUCUUGAGGCGAACAACAGCGGUGACCAUGAAUUCAUUCCAAGCAUUCGUCAAGAAGAUCUUGUGGCUCUUGGAGCUGCCAUCUCUCGAAUGGACUGUGCAACACGCCGAUCUUUUGCUCGAAAGGUGCCAAAGGCAAUGAGUAAAGUGUGGCAAGCGUGCCCUCGUUGUUGGGACUAUGAGUGUGGAGUAGAAUACUAG